AUGUCGCGUGGCUGCCCACGUGAUGUUACUGAGGAAGGCACGAACGAUGGUGACGAUGCCAGUCAGUUCUUGCAGCACCUUCCAGCAAACACGUGUGUCUACAGCUUUGAGGAAUGGCCACAGAAGGAAGAACAAGACUUUUCCGGGAAUAACUUUGUCGUUAUCAAACACGUACCUUCAGAAGCUCUCGAAAAAGGUGACAAGCCUUUUUUCGGAAGAAUCGAUUAUUCCCAUGCCUCGGAAAUCCUGAUUUUGAAGAUGCCGGCCGAAAUCCACGAAACAGCUGCCUCAAACUUCCAUUCGUUAGUUGCAAUUCUGGCCAGCCAAAUGGGCGUUAAACGACGAAUCGCCGAUCGUGGAUCAACAAGAACGAAUACAAGCCGCCGCAGCAAGGAAGCAGAUCGAUCCUGGGCACCAGCGUAUCGACCUGGGGAAAAGUACCGCGAAUGGCCAACCGUGGCGUUAGAGGUGGGAAACUCUGAAACAAAGGCCAAGUUGAUAAAUGAUAUAACUUGGUGGCUCAACCAAUCCAACGGCCGAGUCCAGCAAGGGAUAAUAAUAGACAUUAAGAAGGGGUCAGGAAAUGUCUACAUUUCAUCUUGGAUCGCCGCGAAUGUAGUGACCCAGCCAGCCCCUCAAGGCGAAUCCGUGCCCGUCACUCCAAUUCAGCCGCUGCCAGCGCGGCAGACUCUUGAAGCUGCAUUCAAGCGGCGACCCGAUGGCAGGGAGCCAGUGAUUGAGGGGGGCGACAUCACCAUCCCGUUUGCGAACCUGGUUGGUGAACACCCUAGACAAGGCCAGGUGGACUUUGCUUUGACAAAAGAUUUGCUACUUACCCACGUUGUGGAGCCUAUAUGGGAGGCACUUGAUGCAGCUAAACUUGAGGCCAAUAAGAAAAAGGGCUGA